AUGGCAACUCCAUUUUCUUCAACAACAGCUACACCACCACUGAGGUCCAUCUUCCAACCCAAACCAAACCCUCCCAAAGCCAACGUCUCUCUCUCAGGUUCAUUUCAAAGAGGGCGCAACUGGGCCAAGGUUCGUUACAACACUUCUGCUGCUGCUAGUGUGUCCUUAUGGAGCUCUUCUGCUAACUACUCCGGUCUUCGUAACGGCUCCACCAAACUCUCCGGCAAGCCCGUUGUUGUAAAACGUUUGAGGGGAGUAAUAAGGAAUGCUACUAUGGAAGAAAUCGAAGCGGAGAAAUCUUUGAUUGAGGAAGAUGCUAAAGGAAGGAUGGAAAAGACUAUUGACACGAUGAGAAAUAAUUUUAAUUCUGUGAGGACAGGCAGAGCGAAUCCAUCUAUGCUAGAUAAGAUUGAGGUGGAAUAUUAUGGAACUCCAGUCAGCUUGAAGAGCAUAGCCCAAAUCAGUACUCCUGAUGCAAGUUCUCUCUUGGUCCAGCCAUAUGACAAAUCCAGCUUAAAGGCUAUUGAGAAGGCCAUUGUCAACUCCAAUCUUGGUUUGACUCCGAACAAUGAUGGAGAAGUGAUAAGGUUGUCUGUUCCUCAAUUGACAUCUGAAAGAAGGAAGGAGUUGUCAAAGAUGGUGGCCAAACUAGCUGAAGAAGGAAAGGUGGCAUUGAGGAAUAUUAGGAGAGAUGCGUUGAAAGCAUAUGAGAAGCUUGAGAAGGAGAAAAAGCUCUCGGAAGACAAUGUGAAGGAUUUAUCAAGUGAUCUGCAGAAACUGACAGAUGAGUAUAUGAAGAAAAUAGAAACCAUUUUCAAACAAAAAGAAAAGAAAUUCAUUGCACUUGGGUUAUCUGCACAAGCAAUAAGGAAAGGUAGAAUAGAUGAGGUAGAUUAUCUUGUUGAAAAGCUGAUCAGUCUUCUAUUUUUUGAUCUCUUGCGAGGAAAGAGAUUGGACCUUGAUAUUCUUUCGCAUUGA